AUUAUUAUUAAUUUUUGAGUCAAGUGUCUUCAAAUCAAUAAUUACUUAUCAGGUAUUAUCAGUAAAAGUAAUUAUUGUCAAUGGUCCUUCGAAACUAACUAGUUUUUAAACAGAAUUCUGUACAACUCGAUUAAGUCACACUGCUAAUAGGUCAAGCCACGCUACAGUCGUGUCAAAGAAAGAGUGUUGAGCACUUUGCUUAGUCUAAAAGCUGAAUUCAGCCACUCCAGGGAUGUACCCGAGAAGAACUCCAAUUAGUCAUGAAGCAUCUCAGCGUAUCACUUAUCUCAACAGAAUCAGAAGACUUAGGGUAUAUCAUGCUCGCAUCAAAUUUGGUGAAUUUGGCCCAAGUCUCACCGAACCUGUAGAACCUGAAUACAGGCCAUUGCCCCACGGUGUAACAAUUGAUGCAAAACUAGGUGCCUACGAAGAAGGUUUCUAUAGCAUUGCAAUCAAGUAUCUUCCCCGUGACGAAGCUGUUGCCAUCAUCAACAUCAGAGUGAACGCUGAUUAUGCAAGAUACCUAAACUUCCUGAGAGGAUUACCGACUUGUGAGCCAACGCCAAGAGAACAAAUUCAUCCAGAGAUUCCCUUGCCAGGUGUGCUCCAGCACCCAACACCACGAGCACCAGACUACGGAAGCACUCCGAUUGCAAGAUUUUACGGGUACCAAGGACCUAGAAGCCAUCCGAGGUCGCGUGGUCAAUCUACCGUUGCAGAGCAGUCAACAUCUGUAGCAACCAGGAACGUGGUCGUUCGCAGCCUUCUCGAAAACGAAAGAAGAAGAGAGGCUGAGGUUAUUGAACAAGAAGUCGGUGCAGAAGGUACAGAAGACAUCACUGAAGUGGAGACGAAUUUUUCGAUCAGAACAAACGAUUCUGAGACUGUCAUUCAAGAAGAAAGUGAAGUAGAGGAAACAGUGAAAGGAGAAAGUGAAGAAAGCGGUUCGACCACAUCUGAGGAAUUCAUCUUGUCCAUCAACGAACGAGAAUUUUGAAAACCCUCAGUGAAUUUGCUCAAGAAGAGGCUUCAUUUUUUUUGUUUUAAGUUCCCUUCGUGUUAUGUUAAACCAUGGCCUACUCUAGUAACGGCCUAUAGGCUGGCUAUCCCUGUGUUGCCGAAUGGAUCCAGCCUUUCCCAUCCCCUUUUCAUAGCCAGAGGGCCAAAAGUUAUCUUGAGAUGUUCCACUUUCCAAACCAUCUUUCCACCGUUUGGGAAAUUUUGCUGCGCAUGCUGCUACGUAGGCCGUGGUCUGGCGUGUAUACACCGAGUUGCAUCCAUUUUUGUUUAGUAAUUUGGAUUGUUUUGUGUUUUUUGUAAAUUGGUGGUAAUGGCCUGAUAGUGAUAGUGAAUCAUUUUUAUAAUUUUUUUAAAAUGCCAGUGAAGU